UGUUGUAUCGGAAGUACCCUAUUCAAACUGUGCGUGCAGUUCGGAGUGGCAAGACUUACGCAUAUAUCUGUCGGAGGGUCCGGCUAAAAUGUCAGUUCCUGGUGUUUUAUCAGCGUGACCCCGGAGACAUGGUGGGUUGUGAGGCUCUGAGUUUCCAAAACCUUUUUUCUUCAGAAAAUGACGAUUUUGAUGAUGAGGACUUUCUGUCAGCAUUGGACAAUACAGAGCAGAAUGUCAUUCGCACUGUGCCUUCAGGAGCACGAUCUCUUAGGCCUAUCUCCCACGUGCCUGCCGAGUGCACAAAUGAACCAAAAAGCAGGGUUCCUUCUCCUCCCUGGCACACAAUGCAGCAUCAGGAAGUGGUGGGAAAGAAUGACCAAACACAGAUGGCAUACGAUCUUACCCAGGACAUGGAUGAUGAAGAGCUGUUAUCUGUAUGCAGCAUGCUAGAGGUUCCAGAGAGACCCCUUGACACACAAGAAGCUGGGCAGUCUGUGAGUGUUCCAAGGAAGGAUGGCUCUAGUGGGAACAUCUCAUCCUCCCUUAGACUGUGCCCAACUGGAGAAGCAUGUUUUCAGGCACAUGAUCCCAGGCCCAGUUAUAAGGGUACUGUAGUGUGCCAGCCAAGCAAUUCUCAGAUGAACAGAAUUUGUGCCAACUCUCCAUCUCCCCUGCAGAUACAUUCAAAAGGAAACAAGCACUUUCAGAAUUCAGGCCCUACUGCCAAGAGACCUUGUAGAAGGGACAUGAUAGACACUCAGUCUCUGACACCUCACAGAGGAGAAACUCAAAGCCACCAUACUCCUGUUCAGCCACGGUCAGUUGUGCAGUGUGUGAUAACACCUAGCACUUCACAGCCUUGGAGCCCUGGCCCUUUGCGCCAAACUAGCCCUGUACCCAGUGCCCAAAAUGUCCACACUGCUCCUAAAGCUCCUCUCAUAUCCCCACGUCCACUCAUUCCCAAUUCCUUGCAGACACCUGUGGUAACAAACCACUUGGUGCAGCUGGUGACUGCAGCCAAUCAGACGCCAAGGAGACUUUCAUGGGAGACACCACCACCAAAAGAGAGGAGGUUCCCUGGGCCAGCUGGCUUAUUGCCACAUCAGUUUAAUGUAAGGGGCUUGGAUGAGAUCAGUGUAUCUACUCCUCAUACUCCAGCACAUGGGGCAAGAGCCAAGCUUAGCACUAAGCAGGCAAGCCUGGCUUCUCAGCAGCCGACGGAAGAGGAGUUUGGCAAAGGCCCGUGGGCAUCCUUGAAGGCUGAGUUGGCAUUGGAUGAGAAUGAUCCCACCUGCUUUCUAAGGACAUACAGCGUAGUGAUGGUGCUGCGUAAGGCAGCUCUAAAGCAGCUUCCGAAAAACAAGGUUCCGCGAAUGGCCGUGGCUCUCAAAUCCCUUACUCCAGCUAAUGGUGAUGCUAGUGCAGUAUUCAGAGACCACACCGGUGAUAUACAGGGCACUGUCCACCACCUAUUACUGGAUGAGAAAGAAAGUGACCUGAAGGUUGGCAGUGUCCUCUUAUUACAGCAGGUUGGAGUCUUCUCCCCAUCUAAUCGCAACCAUUAUCUGAACGUGACCCCUAACAAUCUGGUGAAAAUCUACCCUCCGGAGGAGGAAGGCACCCAUGCAAGGCUGGAAGCUCCACCAGUGUCAAGUGAGACUGAUUUGAACAGUAAUCGAAUUGAGACCCCAGCUCGUCUAUCAACCAACACAAGAACAGCUGGAGCCCCACAGCCACCAUCACUUGGAGAGUGGGAUAUGGAUGACCUGGAUUCUCUCCUAUGUGAUCUUCCUGAGGAUACUGGGGACUGAACCCACUCUAAUAUGACCUUCUCUGUAGCAUGAUGUCCUCAUAAGCAGGAUGGAGUGACUCCAUAAAUGACUUCUACUUCCCUGCUAUCUGUGGCCUUUUGCAGAUUUCACAUAACAGCCAUGGCUGCCCUAGAGUGUGCAUCUUUAACUGCCUACAGAUAUACAAUAUCAAAUAAAGUGUGUUAAACUUUAGAGGGGUCCAGUGGUAGCCACUGUUAUGUUUUGUAUACGGAGGGGAUUUCCUUUACUAUAAUGUCAAUGCUUCAGUUUUGCUACAUACUUUAUACAUAUCCCAUCAGGCACUGCAGCUAUUCAUAAGAAAGAAAACAUGAGCCUUAUAUGUUAGAGUCCAUACAGCUGUUGCCCAGUAUCCAAAGUGACAUUCUACGUACUUUCCAUUUUCAGUAUUGUUUGGCUUAGUUUCUUUGGUGUUUCACUAUCACAAUUGUGUGCUUCGGUCUGUUAAGGCAUGGUCAAAAUUAACUGUUUGAUAUUCAUACAUGUCCACCAAUCAAGAAGCAGCUUUUUGCUUGUUUCCUGUUUCCCUACUAUAUUUUUAAUUGAUCAUCCCAGUGUUUAGUUUUUCUCACUGUAUGAUACAGAUACUGGACCUGUUAACUAAAAUUCUUGGGACCUGGAGUUCUCCGGAUUAGUGUUUUUGUUUUUUUUUGUUUUGUUUUUUUUUUUUCAUUUUGAUUGGUGGAUUUUUAUGAAGUAAGUAGACCUUGCAAAGCUAAUGAAAAAGUAUGUCAAACUGUCUUUGUAUGACACAUAUGCUAUAAGGGGAACCCCUGUGUGGUGCUCUAUGGAGAUCCCUGUAAAAUGUUAUCAUGGACAUUUAGAGUUAUAACUGCUAUUUAAAAGGAGAAAUCUGAAUAACAUACUUUUGUAUAAUUUACUCUGUAUAUUUGGUGUAUAUUUCAGUUUCUGUAGAUUUAAUGUUAUAAAAAAAAUAAAUACCUUUCCAGAAAACCAAAUUAUAAUCAUGGCAGUAUAAGUUGCUUGUGCAUAGACAUGGUUACAUCUGCUCACUACUUCCAGAGGGAACUCACUCUGAUAUUGUUAAUGGGAAUUAAGGUGUCCCUCGCCUUAUAAAGAGAUACUGAUACCAGAUAUUAAACCCUUUUUACAACUGUCA